AUGCUUCACAUCAUGACGUCUUGAAAUUCUCUUGAAUCCAGCCAAACCGAACGCCAAAGUGAUCGCUUCCUUAAAAUUAUUUUACGAACGCAUCAAUAAUAUAAACGGAGCAGAAAACGACAUUUUGCAUUAGGAAAAAUGGCAAAAUAUGUCAAUAUAAAAGAAAUUGUGAAGCAUAUAGCGAAUGGUACACUAAACGAGAACUUGUGUCGUAUAUGUCUUUUACCUUUGAACGCCCUAAAUGAGGAUAUGUUUACAAGGAUUUGCAAGAAUGGUAAAGAAUACUGCAUUGCAGACAUAUUAGAAAUAAUAUGUGACAUAAAGAUUUUUCCAGAGGAUAAAUAUAAAAUUUGUUCAGAUUGUUUCAUAGCUGCAUCAUCUGCUUAUAAAUUUUAUUUAUUAAGCAAACGGAGUGAAGAGAUCCUUGAUUUUUAUAUAAGUUUAUUGGAGGAGCAAAUAGACCUUAUUGAAAUUUCUGAUAACAUAGAAUCAGACUCACUCUGUAUAAAGAUACCUUUAUUUAAUCCGGAAACAGAGAUAUUUGAUUACAAUUUAAAUGGUGUUUUGAAUGACAAUAAUAUAGAUUAUAACGAAGAUAAACAUACAACAGAGGAGAGUAAUAGUCUAGAAAAUAGUCAAAAUAUAUCUGAAAGUGAAGAUGAUACUGAUAUACUUAUAAUAGCAGAUGAAAAUGGUGAUCGGACAUUUUUCAAAGAGCAAAAUGGUUCUCUAGUUCCUAUAAAUGAUAUGGGAAAGAAACAGCUUAAUGAUGCACUUAAGGAAGUGUUCCCCGAAACUGAUAAAGUACGCAGGAAGAGACGUCGUAACCCAAUGACCUAUAUGAAUUGUAGUCAAUGCCCUGUCAGAUACAAAUUUAUUAGUAAAUUAAAGGAACACAUGAAAUCAGAGCAUGAUAUUGAUUUGUUUGUAUGUUCUAUAUGUAAACAAGUAAUUGAAGAUGAAGAUGAAUUUAAAAAGCAUCUAGAAUCACAUACGGAUGUUCAUAAAUGUACAGAAUGUAAUAUGGUGUUUAAGACGAAAGAAAGAAUCAUUGCACAUCAAAAAUGGCACGAUACAAUUGCAGAUAUGAAGGGAACCGAAGAGGCACAUGUUUGUGAAGUCUGUGGCUUAGUGUUAAUGGACGAAGAACAGUUAAAUGAGCAUAAUGAAAAGAAACAUAUGAAGAAAUAUACUUGUUAUUAUUGUGGUCGUAUGUAUAAGGGAGAGAACAGUUUUGAAUUCCAUAUAAAGAAACAUGAAAUGCAUAUGAUGGGUGAUACAAAGAAACGGACUAACUCAACAAAUAUAAAAGCAAACAAAAAGAAGUUCUCAUGUGCGACAUGUCAACGUGACUUUGUGGAUGAGCGUUCAUUGAUGUGGCAUCAACGCCUUCAUACCAAUGAGAGGCCAUAUGUCUGUGAUGUGUGUGGACGCCGUUUCGUCUCACUGAACCGUCGCAACCAGCACGCGAUCUGCGCGCACACAGCACCCGCCCGCCGCUGCCCGCUCUGCCCCGCGCUCUUCCAUCUACGCUCUAUGGUCAACACGCAUGUUAAAAAGGUACAUCUAAAAGAGCACAAGCGUCGCAAUCGCAGCAGUAAACAUCAGAACGUGUUCUGGCGCACGCAGCCUGUGCCCAUACAAGAACUCAGCGUGUCCAUACAGAAUGAGAUAUUGGAGCUCCAAGCGCAACAGGCUAAAGUUAAAUCUGAAAAUAAGACCAAUUUUAUAUAGUUAAAUAGUAAAGUGACUGUUAACCAUAGAGAUCUGCAAAAAGUUAAAAGGUUAUGUCUAACUAGCUGUUGUCCACGAUUCUGUCUGCGCGGAAUGAAAAAAAAACUGAAUUAGUAGCCUAUGUGAUCUUUCAGACUAUGUUUUACAACUUCCAUUGAGCCUUUCCGGAAAUACCUUCAAACAUCCAUCCAUCUAAACUUUCGCAUUUAUAAUAUUAGUAUAUAGACAUGUUAUAUCUCACCUUGGCAUAGGUUUAGGAUUACAUACUUUAUCUCUGUUAUAUAGUAUGCCUAUCAAGUUAUCCAUCUUCUCCAUCCGACUGUCUCAUCUGACAUGGGAAGUAGGCGCAUGAUACUACAAAGAAAGGAGUCAAUACUCCGCAGAACAGUUUACUGAUUAAAGCCUUGAAUAAUGUACAAAAAGUUUAAGAAAUAUAAGGAAGUAACAAAUACAUAUUUUGAAAUUUACUUGUAAAAUAAUGUAGUGAUAAUUUUAUUACAUUGCGUACUGAUCAGUAAAUAGCUUAUAUUUAAAUUGAAGUUAGUUUAUUACUUUACAUUUAAUAGUUUUGUACCUUACUAAGGGGCCGUCCAUAAAUUACUUGAGGUGUUUUUAAAUUUUCAGCCCCUCCCUCCCCCACUGGUGAGAUGUCGUGAGAUUUUAUUCAACCCCCUCCUCCAUCCCCCAAUCUCACGUGAGAUUUUUCAAAAUGUGAGUUUCUUACGUAAACGCGUUGAACUGUUAUUGUAAAAAGAAAAAAUAAAUUGCAUCGUGCUUUUGCAUUUUUGUUUCAAUCAAAAAAAAUUGCUUGUAUUUGCCGAGACCGCCCUCUCUCCAACGUAAGAUUUCGACUCGACCCCCCCCGUUAAACACCUCACGUAAUUUAUGGACGCCCCCUAAUUGAAAUGUGGGUCUGAAUUACUACUGUUUGAAAUAAAUAUUUUCAUUGAAAUAAUAGUUUUAUUUGCUAUUACGUAUAAAUAAUGAUCAUAUAUAAUUGUAGCUACCACAAAUACUACACAGAUAUUUAAAAUCAAACUUAUUCUUAUUUUUCUAAGAACAUUUGUCAAUUUGAUACAUUUGGUAUA